AUGGAUCGUAUCAGUGUGUGGUUCAGCCGACCGCUGGAAAAGGCUCGCUUCAUGACAAGAUGUAAAGCCAUAAGGUCAUCCAUGAAAGCUUUCCCCUUCCUUGGUAACAUUUACCAUAUAGUCGGGAGAGUCAAGUUUUCAGAUUCUGAGCAGAUGGUGGAAGUUUGCCAUCACACACUGAGCAACUCGCUAAGACUUCUCCCAGCAGAGGAUGGACCAGCCCCUCCCCCGGACCCAAGACAUGAUGUGCGAGAGAACAGCAUGCAUCACCACUGCGUCCUUGUCUUCACUGGCUGCUCACUGAAAGAGGAGGAAGUGAAAAUCUGGCUGCGAGAGUGCGCCAAACAGAAACCUGAGAAGAAGGCUUUAAGAACAAGAGGGUCCUUAACUGUUCAGGAAAUCCGGAGCAUUCAUGCAAAACGUCACUUGGAUCCUCUUCCAGAUGGAUAUUUCUACAAUGGAACUCAGUUCGUAAACUUUCUUGGAGAAAAAACUGAUUAUCACCCAUUGAUGGACCAGUUUAUAUAUGAUUACAUGAAUGAGGUAAAUAAGGAGAUUGAGAAAUACAACAGAGAUUUGGAGCAGCAGGAA